UCUCCCUAAAUGUUUAAUAAUCCUUUUUAAUUUUAUAAACGUGGACUCACUGUAACCAUAUUAUAUGAUAAAAAAAUAUAUACAUUUCUUUUUUUUUUUGGUUGCAAUCAAGAAAACUAACUUUAUAUAAGGAAGGAUCUCCCACAUUAAAUGGUGAUUAGCAGUAAUGAAUUGAGAAGUUGGGGUGUUUUCUAUUUUUAAAUUUUUGGGUGAACAGAAUUAAUGGGACACCAAUGCUGCAGUAAGCAGAAAGUCAAGAGAGGGUUAUGGUCUCCUGAAGAAGAUGAGAAACUAAUCAAGUUCAUAACUACCCAUGGUCAUGGUUCUUGGAGCUCUGUCCCUAAGCUUGCAGGGUUGCACAGGUGUGGAAAAAGUUGCAGACUGAGAUGGAUAAAUUACCUGAGACCAGAUCUAAAAAGAGGGUCAUUUACUGCACAAGAAGAGAGGACAAUUGUUGAUGUUCAUAGAAUAUUAGGCAACAGAUGGGCUCAAAUAGCUAAGCAUUUACCUGGUAGAACUGAUAAUGAAGUCAAGAACUUUUGGAACAGUUGCAUCAAGAAGAAGCUUAUUGCACAGGGGUUAGAUCCCAACACUCAUAAACUCCUGUCUCCUAAGCACAAUAAACAAAACCGUAACAACAACCACAGCAACAGCAACAUUAAUCCAUGCAAACUCAUUUAUGAUAAUGCCCAUCAACAACCCACCUCAGUUUUCACUAUAAGUACUUCACAGUUCAGUGAUUUUUCCAUGGACAUUCAAACAGUAUCCUUUAACCACCCUUUCCCUUCUCUUCCACCUCCUGAUGUUACUGAUUCUUCAUGUCCUCCGUCUUAUAUUUCUCCAAACCAAAACCCUAAGGUACAAGCUCUCUUGGACUGCACAAACCAGUCUUAUCCAAUGGGAAGUGUCUCUACGUCUUGUUCUACAUCAUAUCCAUCUGGGUUCGGAAUCAUAGACGAAAAUUGCUUGUGGAGCAGCGAGCUCAUAAUUCAACCCUCAAGACAUGAAGAAAUGCAGGUAGAACAGGUAGUUGAGAUUGAGAAAACCAAUGAGUUCAGUUCUGGGAAGAACAAUAUGGAUGCUUCUUUAGAUCAAUACUCUAACUUUGAUUUUAAUUUUGUGGAGUCUACAUUAAUGCCUGCUGGGAUGUAUUAUAGCUCAAGCCCCAUAGAUCAACUUGCAUGGGAUUCACAGUUCCUUUCCUUGCAGUAAUAAUAAAACUAGCUACUAAUAUCUCUCUGUCUUC